AUGCCGAGCCCUCAACACACUCUGCCACUCAAGCCUGUGCAGCACUCGAAGCGGACAGAUCAAAUCAUUCGCAUGCUGCAGGAACAUCGGUACAACCGCCUCGUGGACCACUGCCGCGGCAAAACCCUCGUCAACCUCGCGCUCAAAAUCGAACGGUUGCUCUACCGCGACUUCCCCAACGACGCCAACGUGGUCCUGUCCCCCGAGCUCCUCGCGAUGCGCGUGAACCGUGUCAUCGCUAAAGUCCUUCACUUGAACCGGACGAAACGUCACGCAGACCACAGCCGAUCGUAUUCGAUUGCGAGCAUGCUUAAUCCCGUCGACUGCUUCGAGUGAUGGCGACGUCGACAUGUAUUCCUAAACCUUAACUUAUCAAGUCUCAUCAGUGUUCACAAA